AUGGCACCGACACCAGUGGACGAUGGUGAUAGUACCAAAUCUGGCAUCCACACUCAAUACAAUGACCUCGGAUCAACCUCAAACUCGAUUCUUUCACCAUCAACGACUCAAGACACAGUCAGACAAUCAGAUGAAAUCGCUUAUCGCGAAUCACAAGAUGUCGACCUACGCAAGAUCCCAACGGCCAAAACUAGGCGAGACUCUCACAUGGGCGAGGCUUUGGAGAACCUCUCUCGCACCAUGUCCAGUAUGGAUCAUGGAGAUGCUCACCUUGAUCUUGGAGCUGUGCAUUCUCGCCGUAGUGAGCGAAGCGCAGUCCGCUCGUUUAGGCAUCAUUCUCCUUCGCGGAUGUCUGAUCUUGAAGAAGAGGCUGGUUCACCUAGUCAGGCUCGUUAUCAAGGCAUUCCUCCGGAGCUGGGAAGUUUUACUUCCGAGGUUAUCUUUGUCUUUGUGUGCUCCGCUGGUCUGAUGAUGUUCUCCUUUUUGCUUGGAGAUAUCACUGUUAACCAGGAGAAAUUCAAGGAUGCGCUGGGAAUCACUAAUAGUGAGCUUCCUUGGUUGAUUGGAGCUUACACAUUGCCCCUGAGCUUAUCGGUUGUCAUUUCGGGCUCGCUGAGUGACCUCACUCCACCGCGGAUGAUCAUGGUCGGUGCAUUUGUCUGGCUUACCAUCUGGAACAUCGUUGGCGUAUUCUCUAUCCAUUCCACCACAGCAAUAUUAUUCUAUAUUGUACGUGCCAUGCAAGGUUUGUCAAUCGGAGUCUUAGUCUCUGGAUCGAUGAGCAUCCUUGGAAGGGUUUACAAACCCGGUCUCAGAAAGAACCAAGUCUUUUCAGCAAUGUCUGCCACCGCACCGUUCGGAUUUUGGCUCGGUGGCAUUCAGGGUGGAGCUUUACAGGCCCAUUUAUACUGGAUUUUCGCAUCCAAUGCUUUUCUCUCAGCUUUGUGCGUGAUUGCCGCUUGGGUCACUAUUCCUGCCCUGCGUCCUGUUGCCGAUAUCGUCGGCACUGAAGCACCCACAAUCCGCGACUUCGAUUAUAUAGGAGCAGCUUUCGCUGUUUCAGGUUGCGUCUGUCUCUUAUUUGGCCUCACCCAGGGAUCAGUCGUGGAGUGGUCCCCCUACACAUAUUCCCUGGUGGUAGUAGGCAUCCUACUAUUGAUCGGGUUCUUCUUCGUGGAGCGUUGGGUUGCGCGCCCGCUAAUUCCAAAUCGCCUUUGGAAAACAAAAGGCUUCACACCACUGAUGAUCGCCUAUUUCCUCGGCUACGGCGCAUUCCAGGGUUGCUGGCAGUUUUACGCCGUGCAAUUCUGGCUUCGGGUACAACGACACAGUCCUAUGGCAGUUGCACUGUAUCUGUUACCAAAUGCUAUCGUUGGUGUUUUAGCAACCUGGGUAGUUAGCAGAACACUUCACAUUGUUCCAGGCCAUUACAUUUAUUUUGCUGCUAUGUGUUCCUUUGCCCUGGGCCCAGUCUUCUUCCUACCCCAGACUUCGGGCACAAUAUACUGGGCACUAUCAAUGCCAGGUGUUGCCCUGGUUACAUUUGGACCAGAUCUAUCAUUCGCAGCUGCAUCCAUCUAUAUUACCAGCAAUGUGCGUAGAUCUUAUCAAGGAUCUGCUGGUAGUUUGCUUGUCACAAUGCAGAAUCUGAGCUCGGCAGUGAUGACAGCAGUGGGAGAUGCAAUAGGAACAAAAGUGGACAAGGGUCCCUCGGGUGAUAUUGGGCUGAAAGGCUUGCGGGCGAUCUGGUGGUUUGCUCUCGGCUGUGAAGUUGUUGCAGCUGCUAUAACUCUCAUCUGGGUGAGGAUUGACAAGCAAGAGGAGAAGCACGAGCAUGUCACUUAA